AUGAGCGAAAGCAAAUUCUCGCUCGGGCCCGCCCUAGCUCAAUUCAGAAAGUUAGGGCACAAGAAGGGUAAAGAGGAGGCAGGAGUGUCCGGCUCAGAGGCAAUGCCCGAGGCAAAUAGUAUUUCUAUUGCUGGUGUCACACGAGAAGAGCCAGGUGCAGAGAUUGCUUCUGCCCUGCCAACCUCAGCAGUGGCAGACAACAGGACAGAGCUGCACAGCAAGGACCUCAAAAGGCAGCAGCCAGAGGCCUGGGAGAUUCCUGAGCUCGAAGCUGGUCACCGCCCCCUGAAGCGCCUGCGAAAGGAAAGCAGCACAGAGGAGGCCGCAGCGGAUGCCCCUAUUGCACUUCCCAGCGGCCUGGAGGACAGCAUGAGCAAAGGCAGCAGCCACCGGAGAGAGGCUGAUGCAGAGGGGGCAGCAUCUGAAGCGGCAGAAGAGAGGGGAGAGCCCUCGGAAAAAAGGGAUGGGGGUGGUGAUGUCGACAGAGAGGGCGAUGAGGAAGGGGAGCAGGAGGACGAUGAGGAUGAAGCAAAGGACGGGUGGAGGGCUAACGACACAAUUUGCACCAAAUGCGAUGAUGGCGGCGAGCUGAUUCUGUGCGACGGCGGCUGCAUGCGCGCAUUCCAUGCGGGGAUCAAGCCGGCGGAGGAAGAGGAGGAAGGCCCGGUUUACGUGGACGAUCCCGGCUCCUGCAACCCGCUCCAAAUUGGGGCUGAGCUGUUCAUGCGCUUCGAUUCCACGAACGAGCCCUUCAUGUGCCCCAACUGCCACAGCGGCAAGCACCAGUGCUUCGCCUGCAAGGUGGAAGGCAGUGUGGGAGGGUCUUCAAGUGGUCUUCCAGAGGUCUUCAAGUGCACUGUGGGCGACUGCGGCCGCUUCUACCACGCAAGAUGCCUCAACAAGGAUCCUCAGGAAAUGGCCAUAUUCUUUGUCUGCCCGUUGCACACCUGCAAGAGGUGCAAUGAGGGGGAGAAUGCAGAGAAGGGUGAGGUGAUCAGCUGCCGCCGCUGUCCAGUCGCCUACCAUGCGGGCUGCCUGCCAAAGAAGAUCCUGAACUCCCCUGUCACGCGCGUGUGGAUCACCAGAAAGCUUGACAAGGAAGGGAACGUGCUGCCGCCGCCGCUUCCACGCACAAAAGCUGUCGAGCCAGAAUGUGACAUCGGGCAGUCGCUGCUGUACUGCAUGCGCCACGACAUGGCCCUCGGCGAUGCAACUCCUGUUAUGGGGGAGCUGUUCUCCCCGCAGCUGCGACGCCUGUGGGCCAAGGCGCAGGCCACCAAGUUCCCGGACCUGCUCUGGUCGCGCGACAUCAUGGACAGAUUUGCUGCCAGGGCUGAGCGUCGCCGGCAGCAGGCCAAGCAGAACGCGCAGGCAGAGAGGGCUGCAACUCAGGCGUCCAAGCAGGCAGGGGUGGCAAGAGCAGUGCCGCAGGCUGCGCCAAAGAAGGCUGCGGUGUCCAAGGGCGCGGCCCCUGCCGCAGGCGCAGCGGUCGCCGUGCCGAAACGGCCGCGCACCAAGCCCCAGCCGGCACCGGCAGCCUCGGCUGCUGCGGCCGUGGCGCGCAAACCUGCGCCGGUUGCGAUUGACGACAAUGAGAUUCCUCUGGCUGUGCGGAUUGCUGCAGGCAGGAAGGCGCAGCAGCAGCGGCCGCAAAAGCCGGCGCCAAUAGUGGUCGAGGCGGAAUACAUCCCUUUCGAGGACACACCUGCAGAGCCAGUGCCCGCCGUGAGGCCGCCAUCCCCUGUCAAGCCGCCCAUUAAGAAAGAUUCAGCAUCCGCCCCGCGCCAGUCUGAGCAUGAGAAGCGAUUGCCUGCCCCAGACACCAGGGGUGAUGCUUCAGCGGCCCCUGUCGAGGCAGAGGCUGUCCAGGCAGAGGAAGCGGCAGUGCCAGAGCCUGAGAUGAGCCCUGCUGUGCCCGAUGUGCUGCCGCCCGCAAAGCAACCCAUGGUGAGACUGUUGCCGCGACUGUCGAGCGAGGAGGGAGCACCAGAGGAAGUUGCCAGGCCAAGGACGGAAUCUGCAGCCGACGCGCCGGAGGAUGACAUGUGGGCGGCGGACGCGGACGAGGAAGCUGACGAUGCGGAUGCGGAAGCUGCGGACCUGGUGGAAGCUGCGCCGCUGGACCUGGAAGCUGAGGCCGCCGCGGCGGAAGCUGCCCGGUCUGCCCGGCAGGAGGCAGCCGCCGCUGCUCAGGCACUGGAGGAGGAGGAGUCGCAUCUGCUGCCCUGCGAGAGGGAGUCCCACUGGACAAAGGGCGCCAUGCAGGAGCGCCUGAAUGCCUGGUGGGGUGAGGCCGAUCUUGCCAACUCACUCAGGGAUGUGGAGGCGAAUUCGCGCAAGCCCAAGCCGUAUCAAAACUCCCUCGAGCCGACCAUCACAAGGGACCGCCUAGAUGGGCACGUGAAGGCAUGCCGGGGCGCUCUGGACAAUCCGCACUCUGCCCAGCUCAUGAUGGGAAGGCUGGUGAACGAGCUGUAUCGAGCCGAGGACAACCUGCGGAUGGUGCUCGCUCCCGUUCUGCAUGGUGCCAGUUACACCUCGUACGGGCGCCACUUCACGCUGCCGUACCUUCUGGAGGAGGUGAACAAAUACCUCCUGCCCUUCAUGCUCACCGGCGACACAGUGGUCGACUUCUCCUGCGGCUACAACGUGUGGCUUCCCAUGCUGAAACGCAUGGGCCUCGCGGAAGGCUUGGAGAUCCAUGGGCGGGCCUUUGACAUCAUUACUGCCAAGGACACCGAGGACUUUGUCAAGUCCAGCUGGCUCGAUGUUGAUUUCGGACAACUGCCCCGCGGCGACAAAUUGGUGAUUGGACUGAACCCGCCCUUUGGCAAAAACGGCUGCCUGGCGAGCAAAUUUGUGACUCAUGCCGCCCAGUUCCAGCCGCGCGUAAUCGUCCUCAUCGCUCCACCUGGCACAAUUAUCCCGCCCGGCUACAUCGUGAUGCUGGAGGAGACAAGGCUGAUGGCAGGAGAGGCAUUCUUCAAGCCGGGCGUCGACAAGGCCUCCUGGAACGAUGUUCCCCCCUCCACGCGCAUCCUCAUCCGCGAAGAUUACUUCACCCUGGCACUGGACAGGACUGGGCCCCACACGCAAGUCAUCUGUACGCAUGAGUUCCAGCACCCGCCGAGGAUGCCGCCACAGAUGCUGCCUGUGUUUGGGCAGAUGCCCCUGCACCACCUCGGGCCGCCCAUGGGGUUUAACAUGCAGCAGGGCUACUGA